AUGUCUCGCCCCGAAGAUUCCCUGCCUCCCGACCUCUACUACAAUGACACCGAAUCCGCAAAGUACACCACCUCCUCCCGCAUUCAGAACAUUCAAGCAUCCAUGACGCAUCGCGCCCUAGAACUUCUCUCUCUCCGGGAGCCAUCCUUCAUCCUCGACAUUGGCUGUGGUUCCGGUCUUUCCGGCGAAAUUCUGACUGGAGAAGAACACAGCUGGAUCGGUCUCGACAUCUCCCCCAGCAUGCUUGAUAUCGCGUUGCAACGCGAUGGAGUCGAUGGAGAUCUGUUCCUCAGCGAUAUUGGACAGGGUGUUCCAUUCCGGCCGGGGACGUUCGAUGCGGCAAUAUCCAUCAGUGCGAUACAGUGGUUGUGCAAUGCGGAUACAUCGAACGUCAGCCCAGAGGGACGGCUGAGGCGAUUCUUCGACUCGCUGUAUGCCAGCUUACACAGGGGCGGGAAGGCUGUGUGUCAAUUCUACCCGAAGAAUGACCAGCAGCGGAACAUGAUCACGACGGCGGCGACUCGUGCUGGGUUCGGGGCUGGAAUACUGGAAGAUGAUGGUGGGACGAAGAAUGCAAAGAUCUAUCUCUUGUUGCAUGUUGGAGGCGGAGAUGUGACGCGAGCAGUGGCGGGGAUGGAGGACGUCGUUGUUGAGGAUAAUCGGAGGGCUGCUCGAGAACUACAGGGCAAGAGAAAGAGAGGUAAAGAGGUCAAGGGGAGCAAACAGUGGAUUCUGAAGAAGAAAGAGCAGAUGCAGAAUAAAGGCAAGGUUGUCAAGGCUACUUCGAAAUACACUGGCAGGAAACGAAGACCGAACUUCUGA